AUGGCAAAUUCAAGCUCUGAUAGAAAAAAAGAAGAAGAUUUAUACAAUUCAUGGAUAAACAAUCAACAAGAAGAACUAAAAGAGCUACAAAAUGCCAUCGUUGCUCGAAAAAAUGAGCUAAACGACGACGAAUUGAAUGAGUUGCUAAGGAAAAUGGUGAACAACUUCCAAGAAUACGCGAACGGCCGUAGUCGACUGGCGAGAAUCGACGUAUCGCCGUUUUUCGCCCCCACUUGGUGCACCCCUUUGGAAAAUUCGGUCUUGUGGAUAGGCGGGUGUAGGCCGUCUUCGUUUAUACGGCUGAUUUAUGCGCUAAGCGGAAUCGAAAUCGAGUCUCAUAUCGCGGGAUAUCUACAGGGUAUGAAAAUUGGAGACUUUGGUCAGCUUUCUGGUAAGCAAAUUACCAUGAUUGAUAAGUUACAAAGACAGAUUAUUUUAGAAGAGAGAAGAUUUUCUUCAAGGUUAGCUAGCUUGCAAGAAGAUGUUGUUGAUCAACCGUUUGCUAUGGCGGCCAGAAUUUACGAUACUGAACGAGGUGAGAAUGAAAUCGAGCCCUUAAAUAAACAUGGUGAGGACAUGUCAAAUUUACUAGAAGAAGUUGAUGAGUUGAGGAUGAAGACACUAAAGGAGAUAUUGGGCAUAUUGACACCAAUUCAAGGUGUGGAAUACUUAGCAGCAGCAAAGAGAAUAAGGCUAUGUUUGCAACAAUGGGGAAAGAAGAGGGAACAAGAACAUAUUUGUAAUUAA